AUCUUCAAAUAAAAUUCAUCAAACUACGAUGGUAAACACUCACCAUAUCCAUGAUACGUCACAAAAUCAAUGUGGGUCGAACCUUGUUCAGACCAUAGACGCACCAAUCUCUCUAGUAUGGGCAAUCCUUCGACGUUUUGAUGAACCACAAGCCUACAAGAAUUUUAUAAAGAGUUGCACCAUGUUUUGCGGCAGUGGUGGUAUAGGAAGUGUGCGAGAUGUGAAAAUCAUCUCUGGCUUACCGGCAACAUCUAGCAGGGAGAGGCUUGACAAGCUUGAUGAUGAGUUGCAUAUUAUGAUGGUUAGCAUAAUUGGUGGUGACCAUAGGCUCUCAAACUACCAUUCGACAACCACUUUGCAUGAAACGGAAGGAGGGCUGAAGACGGUGGUGACGGAGUCGUACGUGGUGGAUGUUCCGGCGGAGAAUAGCAAGGAGGAUACUUGCACGUUUGCUGAUACAAUAAUAGGGUCGAAUCUUAGGUCUCUGGCUAGGGUUACCCAGAACAUGUUCAACCACCUCUAAAGUUCA